ACAAACUUCACUACAUCAACAAUUCAAACAUUUCACAGUAUAUCUCACAGCCAUAGCGAUGAAGACUCUUACUCGAGUGAUAGUGAGGACGAAACACUUAUGCUUGUCAAUCUUCUUGUCCUCAACAUAGAGGCCAGACGCCACCUCCAACGACGGUCCCGUUUGCCUCGGCGGGUUAUUCAUAGAGAUCAUUUUCGUGGAGAAAAUCUUAUCCAUCAUCACUACUUCGCCGAGAACCCUGUGUAUCCACCCCACGUCUUUCGUAGAAGGUUCCGCAUGAGUAGGCCUCUCUUCCUGAGAAUCUUGCAAGGUCUUCAACAACAUGAUUCGUACUUUACACAACGGGUAGACGCAACUAGUAUGCCUGGUCUAGGUCCACUACAAAAAGUAUGUGCGGCAAUGCGGGUACUAGCAUAUGGGUUACCUUCAGAUGCUGUAGACGAGUACAUUCAAAUAGGGGAGUCGACAGCUAGGGAAUGCCUUCAUCAUUUAUGUCGAGGUAUCAUUGCAUACUUCAGUGGCUGGUAUUUACGAACUCCUAACGAAGCUGACAUAACACGCAUCAUGCACCAUAGCGAAUCAAGAGGUUUCCCAGGGAUGUUGGGUUCUAUAGAUUGCAUGCAUUGGGAGUGGCGGAACUGUCCUACCGCAUGGCGUGGUCAGUUUUGUGGCAGAAAUGGUCGAGCAUCUAUGAUCCUAGAAGCUGUGGCAACGUAUGACCUUUGGAUUUGGCAUGCUUUCUUUGGCAUGCCCGGGACAAACAACGACGUCAACGUGCUCCACCGAUCACCAGUUUUCGACCCCAUGACAUCUGGCCGAAUGCCACCUGUGCAUUACACAAUAAAUGGUAAUGCAUAUAACUUCGGAUAUUACCUUGCUGAUGGUAUUUACCCGAACUGGCCAACUUUCGUAAAAGCUAUAAGGCACCCAUAUGAGGAAAAGAAAGUGUAUUUCACACAAAUGCAGGAAAGUUGUCGAAAAGAUAUUGAGCGUGCAUUUGGAGUUCUUCAAGCUAGGUGGGCGGUGCUACGAGGUCCAGCAUAUGGUUGGGAUCGAAAUCGUUUAACUGAAAUUAUAACAGCUUGCAUCAUAAUGCACAACAUGAUUGUUGAAGACGAAGGGCCGUUUGCAGCUAAUACUGAUUUUGGAGAUAACACUUCAACCAGCCAAGCACCACAACUAAUUGCUGAAGGAAGGGUAGAAUGGGUGAUUAACCACUUCGAUCUUCGUCGCCAAGAAAGAUCGUGCUCCCUCCAAAAUGAUCUUGUCGAGCAUUUGUGGGCUCGGCGUGGAAGCAUGUAAACUUCACCAGUCGUAUGCUAAAGUUUAUUGAAACUUGAUUCUACUAUGUGUAAUUUCCAUUCGCAAGUCCUACGUAUCGGUUCUGAAAUAAAGAAGUUCGUCAUUGGAAACCUGUACUUGUUCGUUCAACACAAUAACAUGAACACUUCUAACGAUUUGUACACAUCACAAGCGAUUCCAAGCUCAACACGCAGCAAAUAUAUGAAAAUUAAAGCAAACAUGUUCACAGCAACUGGAAAUAAUUAUUGUCGAUUACAACACCUUAGAACAAACAGAACUGCACGACUGUCCUUGACGACUUAUGGUUCGAACAAAUAAUAUAAUGGUCUGCCAAACAAAUGUAACGUUCUCACAUAACCAAAUAAUACAAACAGGUUCGGUAAAACAAGAUCAAGUUACGAGUAACCAAAUAUAUCUUUCACUCGUAACCAAAUAUGAAUUCUUGCAACUUCUGUUUUUGUUUUUGCAUCAUAAUCCAAACUUGGGGUUGGACAUCUUCUUCAUUCGUUGCCUCCAGCCUUUGUAAUCUUUUUUCAGCAGAUUCUAGUUCUUGAAGUUUCAAUUCCCUUUUUCGUAUGAUGACCUUUUCGGCUUCCAAUUCUAACCUCUUUUUCUCCAUUUCCCUGUCUUCUUCUGUGUACUUCUCUUUUUUUGCACCCUUUUCUAUGGACCUCUGAAUUUGUUUUUCAGUUAUUUCUUGCAAACGGCUGAGGUACUCUGGAGAUGAAGAAGAUGCAGGUUUGUUUCUCUCUGAUUUACUGAAAUCACGACCACGCGGCCGUUUUCCUGUCAACCCUGCUGAUGAACUAUCAUUUUCAGUUGUCGGAGCAGACAGAGUACCUGUUGACCCAACUGGAUUUGCAUUCAAUCCGCGGAACGAUUGUCCACUACAAAUGCUCUCCCAUUUCGGUUCUCCCUUUAGUUGGUGCCAGCAAUGCAUGUACUGGAAAUUUUUGUUCUCCUCGUGUGCAAAUAAUGUUGCUGCCUUCGAAGUCUGUACAAAUUAUGGUUUAAUUUUACAAAUGUGGUAACAUGUAUAUAGAAUCAUUUGUAAAUGAUUUAAAG